AUACACAGCCUAAAACAAAGGCAUUUGUUGGCGCAUUUGUUUUCGAUUCCUUGCGCAGGCCGGCGGCAGCGGAUACAAUGGACUUGAAAAAUGAAGUGCCAGAUGGAGCAGAGUUUAUUGGUCAUCUGUCAUCCUUCUUACCAUCAGCAGUCAAACAACAGCUGAUAUACAUCCACUCCCUGUAUGUGUGGUCAAUGAAACAGAGAGACCGCCGGGUGGACGGCUGGCCCCUGCUCGACUCUCCGCUGCCCACUCUGCUUCUGACUGCCGGGUACCUGCUGCUGGUGUGGCUCGGCCCGCGACUGAUGCGGCACCGUCAGCCCAUGCAGCUGCGCGCGCCGCUAGUCCUCUAUAACCUGGCUGUAUCGCUGCUGAACCUCUACAUCGGCCUGGAGCUGGCGAUGGUGGCGUGGAAACAGGGCUACAGCUGGCUCUGCGAGCCGGUCGACUACUCGACAUCUCCAGAGGCUAUGCGGAUAACAAGUGCGCUCUGGUUUUACUACAUCUCCAAGCUGUUGGAAUUUGCCGAUACGGCAUUUUUCGUACUGCGGAAGAAAAACGGUCAGAUCACGUUCCUGCAUGUGUAUCACCACUCGACGAUGUUUCUGCUGUGGUGGAUCGGCAUGCGCUGGGUGGCCGGGGGCUCAGCGUUCGUGGGUGCCAUGCUCAACAGCUUCGUGCACGUGCUGAUGUACCUGUACUACGGCCUGUCGGCGAUCGGGCCGCGUCUGCAGCCCUACCUGUGGUGGAAAAAGUACCUCACCAUGCUACAGCUGUUGCAGUUUUUCGUGGCGCUGGUGCUGGGCGUGAACGCACUGCGUCUCGACUGUCCAUUCCCCCUGUGGAUGCAGUAUACGCUGGUGAUCUACAUGAUCUCAUUCAUCCUCCUCUUCCUCAACUUCUACAUCCACGCCUACUCCACCGGCAAGGCGAGGUCGGCCAGGGCUCAGAACGGCGUGGAUCCGCCGUCCGAACGUAAAAACACAACCAACGGGUUUACGGAUCUCCGGCACAAGAACGGGUAUCACCGGGUGGCGUCCGGCGGCGACGGUGGCCGCCCGAAGCAGCUGUGAACGCGGCGCCGCGCUUGGAGGGGAGGGACUUAAAGGCGUAACCGUCAGCGAGAUUACAUAGAUACACCGCGAACCGGUGUCAGUGCGGCUGAGCUUAUCAGCUCCGUGGGAAUCUUAGCAGGAAUUUUCAUCGUGUUUGUGACCGUCUUCGGAGGUUAAUGUUUUCUACUCUUGUUUACCCAACCUAGCCCGAUUCGCAUCUUUCCUUCGGGAUUCCUUGUAGCAAAAAGCUCGCAGUCAUGUUUUGUCUUUCUCAUAAUUUGUUUGUCUUUCGUUUUUUGUUUCGAAUAUUCCUUUUCUUGUGAUAUGGUACUGUCUUGUGUAGCGGAUUUGGAAGAUGAUCAUUAUAUGAAGUGCAGUUUAAUUAAGAAUCAGGACUUUUUGAGGUGUUACUGCCAUUAGUUAGGCUACAUCCAUACGAGAAGAUGUCUGCCGAUGCCUAUCACUUUAUUUUCUAGUUGGGCUUGCUUUUUUUCUUUUCUAUUUCAGCUUUUUACGGGUGUGUUUUUAAACGUACUUUUGGGUGUUUUUGUUUGCAUUUUGUUAUUAUUAUUACCAGUAUUCCUCUCGACCUUGCCAGCAUGUUUUGUCCAUGCAUCAGGUAUUGUUGGGAUCGGUGAUGCUUGAAUUUACUCAGUGUGCGAACGCCGUGCGCGGUUUCUCAGAUUAUCGUUCAGUUUGUUCUUGCCAUGUGCCAAUGGCCUCUUAUGUUCUAGCCAAGAAUCGUUCCCGCCAUUCAAACCAGUGACGAUUCAACGGGAAUUGCUGCGGGCAUUGUGAAUCGAGGGUCGGGGUGGUUUUGCGCCAGUUUGGCUGUCAUGUGCGGUCAACGGCGUUCUUAUGAUUUGUGAUAUUUUGAAUUGACUGCCAACGUAGUGAGUGAAGUGCUGUCUAUUACUAGUCCCUUUCGCUAUAGUCGUAUAGGAUGAGAUUGAAAAUACAAAUAGUCAUUCAUUCCUA